GUAGCUCCUUCCCAGGUCCGCGUGGGCGGCCCCGUGUGGUAGGGAGAGCGAAACACGACACCCCUAGAGAGGAAGGGGGGUAGAGAAUACGAAGUGAGUGGAAAAUGAAAAGUCUGUAGAAAGAGAAAGAAAAAAAACGUGGUUCCAUACUAUUCAGAUUGAGAUUUUAUCUUGCGUUGUUUUGACUGCUGGAAUGAUGAUGUGGAAGAUUCGACCAUGCAACAUUGUAACGCGGUUAAACUGAUGAGCUAAAUAAUUAGAACCGAGUGUUUCAAGGCAUUCCCCCGCUAUCAGCACGACGGACAUAAAAGUUCAACGCCAUUCAGAGCUCACGAUUGGAUUUAUACAAAGCGAGAACACCAUUCGUCUCAACGAUUUGUGAAAAAGAACACAAAAAAAUACAACUUGGAGCUCAAAAGUAACUAGGGAACAGUAGGGGCCAGGGGUUUAGAGCAGAGUGAUUUAGGCUAAGCUUAGAAACGGAAAAGUUUUAAAGCUAACGAGGAAUUUUGCAACAUAUCAAGAAGAACAACGAAGUCUGGGUGUCGGAUACCAAGCGAGCUAGAAACCAAACGGGAAACUGUCUGAAUUGACCAGAGUCACCAUGAAAACCCCGGGGGAUACGGGGUUCGCCUUCCCCGACUGGGCCUACAAGCCCGAGUCGAGCCCCGGCUCGCGACAGAUCCAGCUGUGGUGCUUCAUCCUGGAGCUGCUGCGGAAGGAGGAGUACCAUGAAGUCAUCGCCUGGCAGGGCGACUACGGAGAGUUUGUCAUCAAGGACCCCGAAGAGGUGGCCCGACUGUGGGGCGCCCGCAAGUGCAAACCUCAGAUGAACUACGACAAGCUGAGCAGGGCGCUUCGAUAUUACUACAACAAGAGAAUCCUCCACAAGACCAAAGGGAAGAGGUUCACCUACAAGUUCAACUUCAACAAGCUGGUGCUGGUCAACUACCCCUUCAUCGACAUGGGCUCUGGUAGGGGAGUCCCCCAGAGCGCCCCUCCCGUGCCGACUGGGGGCAGCCACUUCCGCUUUCCCCCCUCCACCCCGUCCGAUGUGCUCUCCCCCAGUGAGGACCUGCGCAGCCCGGGCAUGUUCAGCAGCGUGGCCCGCCGCCUGGGACGCGGCUCUGUCUCCGACUGCAGCGAUGGCACCUCCACCAACUCUGAGCUGGAGGAAGGCGUGGGGGGUGAAGAUCGAGGCGGCACGGGCCCUGAACGGGCAUUCCGUGGCCUCCUCCACCCCCGCCUCUCCCACGACUCGCUGUUUCGCGCCUACGGAGGCCCUGGUGGGCUAGGCCGCCCCCCGCCCGGCCACAGGGUCCAUGGUGACCCCAUGUCCCCGUUCCCUGUGUCCCCCCUGCCGGGCCCUGGGGGCCUCCUGGGCCCCACCCUGUCUCCGGCCCUUUCCAUGACCCCUGGCUCCCACCUGCCUUAUACCCCGUCCCCCUCCCUCAGCCCCAUGCUGGGCUCCCACUUCUCCUUCAACCCGGACGACAUGAAGCGCUACCUGCAGGCCCACCACCAGAGUGUCUACAACUACCACCUCAGCCCCAGAGCCUUCUUCCACUACCCCAACAUCGUGGUCCCCCAGCCCCACAGGCCCUCUGCCGCCCCUGACAAGCCCAUGACAGCCCACCACCAUGCCCCGCCCAUGCCUCACUCCCAUUCGUUGCACCACCACCAAGGGGAGGAGCAGCACCCCUCGCCCUUCAAGUUCAAGCUGCAGCCGCCUCCGCUGGGGCGUAAACAGAAGGACGGCUCCACCUCCUCUACCGGGGGCUCCUCCUCUAGCCUAGGCUCCUACGCUGCCUCAGGACUACUCUCUAACUCCUCCUCCUCAGUGGGCCCAAAAAUCAAGGUGGAGCCCGUCUCCGACGUUGAGUCCGAUGAGGAGGUGGAGGUGACCGACAUCAGCGAGGAGGACGAGCUGCUUGAUGAUGAUGAGGGAGACGUCUUCACCCCCCCUCAUCCCACCAACGGAACCGCCCCUACUGCCAUCACCAACGGCAACCUGGGCGCCAUCGUCGAGGACGACCUGGACGAGGACGUGUUCAAGACCCCCGCCGCCCCUCCCAUGGGCCCUCUAACCCCCUCCCUGUUGGCCCUGAAGCGCGAGCCAGGCCAAGGCCCUCCCAUCAGCCCUGGCGGCACCCUCUGCAUCCCCCUGAAGCUGCGCUUCAAACGGCGCUGGAGCGAGGACCAGAAGAUGGAGGCCGAUGGCGAGCGCGACGAGGCCGAGGACAAGAAAGUGCGGGCAGAGAAACAGGUGGAGCCAGCAAGGAGGGAGUCAGAGAAUGGGGAGGGGCCAAGGAGAAGCCUGUCCCUGAGUCUGCGCGCUCCUCCCCCUCCGGCCCAGCGCAGGGCCAGCUCCGAGUUGCAGAGAGCCACAGCCCAGCUGUCUCUGGAGAGCCAUGGAGCUUGCUGAGGCAGGGAUACGCACAAACCGUGGACACGCAUACACACAAUCACAUGCCCGUACCUACAUACACAUUCACUCAUAUAACCAAGCAUGCACAUAGAAACAAGUGCCUGGGCAAAAAGCUUUUUUUACUCCCAUUUGCAACACAUGAAACCCAGAACAUUAACAAACAGCUCAGCAUUCUGUGACUGAGACACUAAGGGAUGGUCAUAGACACAAAUUAAUACUGACACCCCCUCUAAACGAAAGACCCCCUGGGCCUAAAUCCAGGAUCCAUCCCUUAGACCUGUACACUGCCUUUAGGUGCCUCCCAUCUCGCCUCAACAUCUCCCAGUAACACCCAUAGCUCCUUUUGCAUUUCAGAGAUGCAUCAACACAGAUGGGAAAGAAUCCCCCCCACCCCUUAUCUUCAACAGACUUGAAAAGAGAUUACAGAAGUGCCUGUCUUCACAUACAAUGGUUUACAAAGCAAAGGAAAGCGAGGGGCCUCGUACCAACUCUUGUCAACUAUUCCAUCACCUUUGACUGGGAAGGGAGCUCAGGAGUCAUAACGAAGAGACUUCCCUGUCCAUAUCUGUCUAAUCACAGGGACUGACUUAGAGACUUAGGACUGAAUUUGUGUCUGAGUCAGCGCUCUCUCUUUGACCAUCGUCCCCCAUCGACUUGAGCGUAGGGACAAAAAACAAAAUGGCGUGCAUCCAAGCCUUAAUGGACAGCUCGUGCACUGGGCAGGGUCCAAAAAGGGGAGCAGCAAAAACCCUUCAAGUUGGGGCCCUACAUGUUAGGGGCCAUUAAUGUGGAGACCCUACAUGACUUUUGCACAAUCUUAUAAGGAGAGUGAAAUGAGGAGAUUGGUAAUUUGUCCGCUUGGAAUGGUGUUGAAAGAGUAUUUUAGAGGUCUCCUCCGUUCCCCUGGUUUGAGCUGCUUCUUUCUCCCAUAGAGAGCGCCUCAAAAAAGGACAGUAUUUGGGAAGACGCGGUGCACGGAGGGUUAGAAGUACCUCUGUAUAUACAAUGUUCUUGAACUGAAACGAAUAUAUUUUUUUCUCACUCCCCAAAAAAGUAUACAGUGAAAUGAAUACGAGUACCUAGGUGAGCUCAUGCAAAGCCUUUUAGUGACAUUUUUAACUUUUUAAAAUUCCAUUUUAUUUUCUGUAUUUUACAAAUACGCAGCCCAUUUUUUUGAACAAACAAGACAAAUUGAGAUUGUGCUUUUUUUAAAGCUGACAGGCGACUAUACGUGAAUUACCCUGGCCAAAUAAUGUACACACUUACACACUAUAGAAGCCUCAAGCAUACCGUACUGCCACUUUGCCUUUUUUUAUACCAAGAAACAGAAUCUGAAUGACUAAAACCAAUACUACACAUAUUUUAUUGGAAUAUAUUAAAUACAAAUGUUAUAAUUCAAAAAAUGAUAAUUUGAUAUGAAUCAGGAAAUGCAAGAAAUGCUAUUUUUAAUGAUAACUCUGUCGGAUAUAUAUAUAUAUAUAUAUAUAUAUAUAUAUAUAUAUAUAGCCUCUCCUCACCUUGCCUCUUGACAGUGGAGCUGAAUUGGAAAGGGUUCAUGUGCAAGAGCAAUCGGAACACAUAUAAUAUUUAUAAUGUAAAAACAAGUGUUCUGUUUGGGGGGGCUUGAAGAUUGGUGGGUGAAAAGUGAAACUUUUUAAGAUUUUGGGGUCACCUUUUCUGGCCAUCACUAAAGAACAGACAUGCUUGUCUUGCCCCCGAACCCCAACUUUAAGACCAGGAUCCCACCCCCUCUCAGCAACCCAAACUCUCCUGGAAACACAAGGACAGGGCACCUUUGUUGGCUAUUGAACCCACCGUUUGUCUGGACUUGGCCGUUGUCUUGGACCAUGAACUAUACUAGGAGAAUGCAUCAGUAACACUCCGCCACCUGAAUAUGUACAUGUUUGAGGUAGACCUGGUCUGCUGAGAGGUCUGUAAUGUGGGUUAACCUAGAGUAAAUGGAAGGUGACAUCACUAGCGACAUGAUCCCCCACCCCCGUACUAGUCUCUCUGGGUUGGAAGACUCUUAACCAAAGAAACAACCCUCGCCCAUGCAGGAUAUGACAUCACAAAACCUCAGAGAGGGACUUCCCGUAAUCUGAGAAGACGCUCUGCGGGUGCCGUCUAGGGUCCCUCCGGCCUUUGUAACUCAACAAGAGCCGGGCCCCAAAAAAAAGACUCGCUCAAGAGUAUGUUCAUAGCACUAGUAUGGUGUAAGUGGGUGUCUGUAUGCAGAUUUUGGUGUUGCCGUUAGCCACCCAGUACAGUCUUUUGUCCUGCCUUGCAUUGUAACUGACAGCUGCCUUGUUGCUUCAAAAGAAAAUCAUCUAAAAAUGUUCCCACUUUUCCCUCUCGUCAUUGCUGUUUAUUAUUUGUCCCUCAUGAUUAUUUACUGUCAUUGUUGUUAUUAUUAUUAACAUGAUUUACUAUUUGAUUAUUUUGUACCCCUCUGGGCCUACCUCUUUUCCAUGGCUAUUUGAAUCCUUCGUGUUUUGUAUUUUAUAUUUUCAGUAUGUAUUUUAUAUUUUCAGUAUGUAUUUUCCAGACAACGACAACUCCUCCAUCUUACUAUUAGCUGAACUAAAAUAGUAGUUUUAACUUCAACUGAGCUAGUUGUAUUUGUAAUUAUGGACACAUGGAAAAGAGGAGCUCACAUAAUCCUAUCACAUUACCUUUGUUUUGAAAUAUAUUUUUUGGUCUUUGUGUAUAUAGAUGAUUCUUUUUUUUUGUGGGGGGGGGACUCUGUAAGAAAUACAUUCUAUUGCUUUGACAUUGUAUUAUUUGAAUGGUGUCGUUAUCCCUCUUCUUUCACUCUUCUUUCACUCUUCUUUCACUCUUCUUUCACUCUCCUUUCACUCUCCUUUCACUCUCCUUUCACUCUCCUUUCACUCUCCUUUCACUCUCCUUUCACUCUCCUUUCACUCU